AUGGGUAAUAAUAACUCUGAGCAAUUGGAAACGCAUUUUGACGAUGAAUUUUUUUGCUCACAAUUUGAUGGAUUAUCACUAAAACCAAGUGCAUUUUAUAAUGCUUGUAAAGAAGGUAAUAUUGCUGUUUUACGGCAGCAUCUGCGACCACUUUUACACAAGAACAGACUUCAUCGAAUUGAACCAAACGGAGACAUAGCAUUGCACGCUGCUGCUCGAGCUGGUCAUGCACUAGUUGUUGAAUUACUCUUGACAAAUGGCUUUUCAUGUACAAUGGUUAAUCAAGAAGGCAAAACUGCAUACGAAUCCGCGUUAAACGAUGAAAUUCGUCAUUUAUUUCAUCGGUCAAUUAGCGAACGUUAUUCAAGAUUCAAUGAUAAAAAUGUUGAUAAAACAUUAAACAUACUUAAUAAGAAUAUACAUAAUGAAAGAGUUGUCAAACAGUCUAAAGAUGCAAUACAAUCACGGUAUAUGAAUCGAUUUCAUAGAAUGCCGAAAUGUUUUCGAAAUAUUAUCAAAAAAUUAACAGAAGCACGAAGUAUUGAAGCGUUUGAACAUAUUAUUGGUAAUUUAGGUUUUUCACCUGAUAAUAUGACAGGUAAUCAUAUGUUAAUUCAAACAAUAUUUGAUGAUUAUUUACAGACGAAAAAUGCUAACAGUCUAAUACAUCUUUAUACAUUAAAUGAUCUUUAUAGAGAAAUUAGGGAACAUUCAGAUGCGUAUACAACGUUGAUUUAUUUACAUUUAGCAUCUCUUUCUCAACGUGCCUAUCAAGGUACAUGUUAUCGUGGAAUAAGAAUGUCCAAAUUUGAUGUUACACGAUAUUAUUAUGCCAUGAGGUAUAAUUGUAUUAUUGAAACAUAUAAUUUUGCCUCAACAUCGAAAGUUAAGAAUGUAUCAUUAUUAUAUUCUGGACAUAGUGAAACAUGUGAUCAACAUUUGUAUAGCGUUUUAUUUAUAUUUGAAUUUUCCAAUUCAUGCAAAACAGCUAUCGAUCUGACACGUGUUUCAGAAAAUUUACCACCAUUAUCACAAUAUCCAGACGAAGAGGAAGUGCUCAUUUUACCAUACACAUUAUUCAAAGUAUUAACUGUAAUUGAAGCAACGGAUAAUGAACCUUUUACGAUUUUUCUACAAAAUAUACCAGUGCCUGAUCAAUCUUUGUUAAGUUUUAUGUAUAUGAAUCAAAAACGUCUCGUUUAA